AUGGAUAGCCUCCGCACAAGAUUUGCAGUGGAGCACCCCCUGUUUCGCUACAUCUACCGCUACUCAUUUAACCUCUGCCGUCUUCCAGGCGCCCGGACUUUGGGCCUCGAUAUCGCCAUCGAGCAGUGGCAGCUUUUCUUCGACCGCGCAACUGGCGGUAUUCAGGCCAAUACUUCGGUCACUCCGUGGCUGGACUGGUGGGUUGAGUUCCUGCAGCAGCGGAACGCAAGGGCUAUCAAUAAGGAUCUGUGGCAGCAGCUUGAAGUUUUUCUGCGCAAGGCGAUCGAAGAUGAGAAAUUAAGCUUCUGGAGUGUGGAUGAGGCAUGGCCAGCCAUCAUCGAUGAGUUUGUGGCUUUCGUGCAGGAGAAGAGAGCAAAGACUCCUCCGGGGGAUGAAAUUAUGGAUGAUGUGAACUCCUGA